AAAUGAACAAAACAGCAGCCAGAGUUUGUUCGAUAGUUAUGAACUCACGAUUACGAGCACUAGGUGGGAGAAUAAAUAACAUUCGAGCAUUGGAAUUGCCAAAAGAACAAACCCGAUAUGAGAUCAUCUGUAAAAUUCACUUUCUGGAUGGGUCUGUGCAAAGCUUCAAAGUUAGCAAACAAGAUACAGGUCAGGUCUUGUUGGAUUUGGCCUAUAAUCACUUGGGUGUGACAGAAAAGGAAUAUUUUGGUUUACACACUUGUGAAGAGUCUAAAGAUUCACCACGAUGGCUUGAAUCUGGUAAACUUCUCAGAAAACAACUAAAAGGAGGUUUCCCCUGCAGCCUGCAUUUUCGAGUAAGGUUUUUUAUACCUGAUCCCAACACUCUGCAGCAGGAACAAACAAGGCACUUAUUCUUCUUGCAAUUGAAGGCUGAUAUUUUGGAAGGAAGAUUGUUAUGUCCUGUUAAUUCAGCUGUUGUACUUGCCUCAUAUGCAGUUCAGUCUCAGCUUGGAGACUACAAUGCUUCUGUCCAUCUCCCAGGAUACCUCUCAAAUCAUUGCUUUAUACCAGAGCAAAAUAAAGAUUUUCUAACCAAAGUAGAAUCACUACAUGAACAGCACAGUGGCCUGAAACAAUCAGAAGCAGAGUCCUGCUACAUUAAUACAGCAAGAACCCUUGAAUUCUAUGGUGUAGAAUUACACAGUGGUAAAGAUCUGCAUAAUCUUGAUCUGAUGAUUGGAACAGCUUCAGGAGGUAUUGCAGUAUACAGAAAACUUAUUUGCACAAGCUUCUAUCCAUGGAUGAACAUAGUAAAAAUUUCUUUUAAGCGAAAGAAAUUCUUUAUUCAGCAACGGCAGAGACAUAAUGAAUCCAGGGAACACAUAGUUGCCUUCAAUAUGUUGAACUACCGAGUGUGCAAGAACCUAUGGAAAUCUUGUGUAGAGCUUCACACAUUUUUCCAGGCAAAGAAGAUGCUACCUCAUGAAAAGAAAUUACUUUCCUAUUAUUGGACCAUGGGUUCUAGAACCCAAACCAAACCGUUUAAUAACAGAUACUGCAAAAAGGUAAUAGGUGGUAUGAUCUGGAAUCCAGCUAUGAGGAAAUCUUUGUCUGUUGAGCAUCUAGAGACCAAAAGCCUUCCUUCUCGAUCUCCUCCUGUUACCCCAAACUGGCGAAGUCCUAGACUACGUCAUGAGAUUCAUAAACCACGGCACUCAUCUGUAGAUAACCUUGUAAAUGAGAUUUCCUAUUUAACUGAAACAGAAGAUGUUUUUUACACCUAUAAGAUUUCCCCAUCUUCUAAAGAUAGUGAUUCAGAGUUGUCUCAGAACCAAAGCCCACAGAGAAGAUCAUCAGAACAAGAAUCUCCAAAGAACAUAUUGGAAAAUAAUUCAACACAAAAUUCCUUGUCUCAGACCCUCAGUGGAGUGGGCAACCUUUCAGGCAUUUUGGAAGGAACAGAUAAGCACCUUUUAGAAAACAUUAAAAAAGGAAUGUCAAUGGAUGAUUCCAAUCAGUACUACUGUGAUAAGGAAGAUGAUGUUGAUGGAGACUUGCUUUUGAUAUGCAUCUUGCCAGAUAAAGAUGGGAAAUUUGGAUUUAAUCUGAAGGGUGGUACUGAUCAGAAGAUGCCUCUGGUUGUGUCCAGAAUAAUUCCAGAUUCACCUUCUGAUAAAUGCAUUCCGAAGUUGCUUGAAGGUGAUCAAAUAGUAUUAAUCAAUGGCCGGGACAUCUCUGAGCACACACAUGACCAAGUGGUGAUGUUUAUAAAGGCCAGCAGAGAGUCGCACACAAGAGAGCUUGUGCUUCUGAUCCGGCGGAAAGUUGUCAGACCAUUUGUUGAGAACAAGUCAGAGGAUGAAGCUGAUAGUUUUAACUAUCCUGACACAAUUAUCCCCACAUGUUCAGAUUAUGGUGAGACCCUGGAGGAGUCAAUGGAACAACUGAAGAAAGGUUUGGCAAGUGGAACUGUCCUAAUUCAGUUUGAGCAACUUUAUAGAAAGAAGCCAGGAUUAGUUGUGACCUGUGCAAAACUACCUCAAAACAUGGACAAAAAUCGGUAUAAAGAUGUUCUACCAUAUGAUAUUACCCGAGUAAUAUUACAAGGAGAUGAAGAUUAUAUAAAUGCAAAUUAUGUGAAUAUGGAAAUUCCUGGUGGCCUUGUGAACAAAUACAUUGCUACUCAAGGCCCUCUUUCACAUACCUGUGCACAUUUCUGGCAGGCAGUUUGGGAUCACAGAUUAUCACUGAUUAUCAUGUUGACAACUCUCACAGAACGAGGUCGGACCAAAUGCCAUCAUUACUGGCCUGAUCCUCCGGACAUUAUGGAGUAUGGCAACUUUCGUGUCAAGUGUCAAUCUGAAGACUGCACCAUUGCUUAUGUGUUUAGAGAAAUGCUUAUUACAAACAUUGAAACAGAGGAAGAACACACAAUUACUCAUCUCCAGUAUGUGGCUUGGCCAGAUCAUGGUGUUCCUGAUGACUCCACAGAUUUUUUGGAAUUUGUAACCUACAUGAGAUCAAAGAGAGUAGAAAAUGAGCCUGUUCUUGUUCAUUGCAGUGCUGGAAUAGGCAGGACUGGAGUACUGGUCGCUAUGGAAACAGCUGUGUGCUUAAUUGAAAGAAACCAUCCUGUUUAUCCACUGGAUAUUGUACGGAAAAUGAGAAACCAUCGUGCUAUGAUGGUGCAAACAUCAAGUCAGUACAAAUUUAUUUGUGAAGCUAUUCUCCAUGUUUAUAAAGAAGGACUAGUUCACCCAUUGCAUUCCAGUUAGCACAACUGUGAAGAAAUUGAGUUCAUCUUUCUAAAAACUCCUGAAUGAGGCCCAAGUGGUUAUAAAUGAUGAUGGAGCUCGCCCUGGCUCAUGGGAAAGGAAAUAAAGCAAGUUAUAUUCUGGCUCUUAUUUAGUUGUUUUGGAAAUAAGCAAGUUUGACAUUUUCUGUAAAAAGAAAUUAUUGAACUAUGUACUAUGUAUAGGAUUUUGCAAAGUUAUGUGUAUGUAUGUACACAUGCUGAAAACAAGGAAAUUUUCAUGAAUGAUCUGUAUGCACAUCCAAGGGACUUAAACGGCUUGCCAUUGUAAACUGGGGCGGAGGCGGCAGGGAGGAACCCCAGCAAUAUCAACGGAAAAGCAACCCAGUUACAUGAAGCGCCAAGUGCCUUUGGCCCCUUGAGAACUGAGAACUCGAUAGCUCACAUAAAAUUGGGCUGAAUCAUCCAAUAACAUGGUAGCACUGACAAUAUUAUUUCACUUAUCAAGCAGUUUCCUACAGUGGAAUUCCAAGAGAUGUCAUUUUAAGGGCUGAAGCAAUGACUUUGUAGCAGCUGCAAUUCUAUCUGCAUCACUAUGAAAAGUUUAUAAACCAAGCAUCGAUUACAUAUUACAGAGAAUAGUACAAGACAUCUUUGUGUGUGCAGGAAUACAAUCUAAGUCUUCCACUGGUUGUUUAUGUGCCUUUAGUUUCUAUAUUGCCUUUUACCUCUAGUUAAUUCUUCCAUAGUUUGUGUAUGGACUGCUGAUGUUUUUAAACUCAGUUGUAUGAUCUGAAUUCUGAACAUAAGACUAGCCCUGCUGGAUCUGCCCCAAGGCCUAUCUAGUCCAGCAUCCUGUCUUACACAGUGGCCCACCAGAUGCCUUUGCAAAGCCCACAGGUAAGAGGUGAGGACAUGCCCUCUUUCCUGCUGUUGCUCCCCUACAACUGAUAUUUAGAGGCAUCUUGCUUGUUAGCCUGGAGGUGGCCUAUAGCCCUCAGACUAGUAGCCACUGAUAGACUUGCCUUCCAUGAAUUUAUCUCAGCUCUUCUUAAAGCCAUCCAGACUGUCACUUCAUCUUGUGGCAGAGAAUUCCAUAAGUUAAUUAUGUGUUGUGUGAAAAAGUACUUCCUUUUGUCAGUCCUAAAUUUCUUGGCAAUCAGUUUCAUGGGAUGACCCCUGGUUCUACUGUUAUAUGAGAGGGAGAAAAAUGUAUCUCUACCCACUCUCUCCACACCAUGCAUAGUUUUAAACACCUCUAUCAUGUCACUCCACAGUCAUCUUUUUUCUAAACUAAAAAGCCCCAGUUGUUGUAGCCUUAGCUUGUAAGGAAGUGCUCUAGGCCCCUGAUCAUCUUGGUUGCCCUCUUCUGUACCUUCUCCAGUUCUAUAAUGUCCUUUCUGAGGUAUGGUGACCAGAACUGUACUUAUCCAGUGAGUUCUUUAAGGACUCUCAGGUGGAUGCCAUCUGGCCCUGGCAAUUUGUUAAUUUCGAAAAUGAUACGAUGACGAUGAAAUAUACAUUUCCCACAAUUCACCAGCUUUUUUCGAGACCUCUUUAAUGUGCAAAUAUGUGGUUUUUUUAAGGUGUUCAAGAUAGCAGACUUUUUAGUCUAAAACA